UGACGGAAUUCCUGACGAGGCAUAGCAUUCCAUCUUAUUCUGAUAUAAGCGUCGGCCUCGAAACUGCAGAGCUCUCCGUUCCCGAAGUCAUAGAUGAGCAACGAGUCAAACGUCCAUCAGCUAUUAGCAAAGAGGAGGAAACCGUGAGCCUCUCAACGACAAUCGAAACGUCCAUCGUAUCUACAAAGAGGAAAGAGAGCCUGAAAAGUGUAUCUGAGGUGGUGGAAGAAACGAAAGAUUCUCUGAGAGACUCAAAACUCGCAAAGGACGUCAAGAGACUCUCGGAGGAUAAGAAACAACGGCCAACUCUCGAACGAGUAGCCGUUUCAGAGAUUCGGCAACCCGAACCGGCGGCUCAGCAAUCCACGAAACGACCGAGCUCGUUGAGAAAAAGGAGAAACUCCUUCUCCAGAGAGUCCUCAAGAGAAUCAUUGUUGGAAGAGAAAAAGGGUGUCAGAAUUCAAGAGGACGUACAGGAGAUCUUCUUUGAUGAUACGAGCGACCAGAUGAUCGAUCUGCUGCCGGAAGUCCAGCUGGUGACUGCCAGGAUCAUCACGGCGGAAGAGGCGUCUGCGCUUCGCUUUGAAGAGGCAAUCACCAGAAUCGAGAUUCAUUCGCCACCGGAAGUGCAUCUCAUUCCAGAAAUAAUUAAAACGAAACUAACGCGGGCGCCAUCACCGGAAAUCGUCGACGCCUUAUCAUUGCAGCUGCCCGCCUUAGCGAAAUCGACGUCGGAGAGCACUUUAGUGGAAGGCAGGCCCAGCUCCGACGAGGAUCACAAGGUUUCUGUGAGAAAUCUGAGGCCGGAGAUUCUUUGGGAUCUAUCGAAAGUCUCCGAUAACGGUGAAAAAAUCGAGCAGACGGGUGAGGAUGGUAGAGACGUCAAGGAGAGGCGACUCAGCAGAACCGGAAGCGAGGGUUCGAAAAGAUUAGCCAAGGAUCAGAAGCAGGAACAAUUUCCCUUCAAAAUCGGCAGUCUAGCACAGCCAGACAGGCCGGAACUGAUGAUCCUGCACGAAGGUCUGACAGAGAAAACAGGAAGCGUCGGAGAUGUGACAAAAAAGGAAAGCAAGGAAGAUGAUGGCAUUUCAAGUGAGUUCCAAGUUCGACGCGAAUCCAAGGGAUCCAUCCGUGUUGAGAAGGACCUCGCAAUUCCUCGCGAAGUUGCCGACAGUGCGAUUCCGGCGCAAGAUCCUCGAAGAGAAGAACAAAAGGAGCCAUUAUCACGACAAGAAGCUAAGGACACGAGGGAGGCACGUGGUUAUGAGCAGACGACCCCUUCGCGGGAGAAACGCUCGCCGUUGUUGGAGGAAGCGAUUUGUAAGCACGAGGAGGAUCUGAUCUGCAAGGAGCACUCGCUCGAGUAUCAAAGUCAAACACUCGAGAGCCAAUCGGAUCAUUUGUUUCACGAGAUAUUCACCUCCUCGUUAGAGGACCUGCCUGAGGAAGUACCCGUGAGUUGGACCCGCGAAGUUUACGAGGAAAGUCUUGACGAGAUCCAGCACAGCUUCAAAGAAACGCAAUAUUCACCCAAGGAGAAGCGCGAUGUACAAACGCAGACUGUGCAGGAGUCUAAGAGUACACAGUGUAGCCCUGAACAAAGUGUGACAAGUCCGUACGAGGAACCACCCAGGAUCAGCCCCUUCCACAUCGGCCAGAGAUAUUUCCAGAGUCCCAGACGGGAAGUACAAACACAGACUCAGGGCGAGAAUAAAAGCGUUCAGUGCUCGUUGGAUGAUCUGGGUGAUCUCACGAGAGGCGACGCUGCGGAUCAGACGCAGGAAUCGAAGAGCAUUCAAUGCAUCCCUGAGGACAUCUCUACGAGAACGUCCGUUAGAUCGAGAUCCUCUUCCCGAGAAGACAUUCUGCGUAGUCCGCGGCGUGAGGUCGAGGUACAGACCUACCAGGAGUCGAAGGCAAUCCAAUGCAGCGACGACGAGCUGCUCGAGGUUGAUCAAGCGAGCGCCGAUCGUCCGGAGCACGCGCAUCAGAGUAGACCAGUCAGCUCGAUCUCUAGGAAGACCGAGAGCUCGCCCUCGUCGAGCUCGAGUUCGCCACGCAAGUUUCCGACUGUCGUCUUCGUGGAGGGAAAAGGGGAUAUGACCGUCACACACAGGGAGCAUGAUGGCGACGUCACCUGGUCGAAGCACUGGGGUCCCGAGAGACUGGUGGAGAUAUACAGAGAGCCGAAGACCAGCCUAGGACUCAGCAUCGUUGGUGGAAAGGUCGAUCUGCGUAAUGGCGGACCCAGCAAGACGCAAAACAUUUCUGGGAUAUUCAUAAAGAAUGUUCUGCCGAAUAGUCCCGCCGGCAGAACCGGCGGUCUCAAGAUUGGAGAUAGAAUAAUUGAGGUGGACGGCGUCGACCUGCGGCAUAGUACGCAUGAGCGUGCGGUGGAAGUUAUACAAGCUGCCGGAAAUCCUGUCAGUCUUCUCGUCCAGUCCUUGGUGAAUUUGAGUCCGGAGCACGGCGGCGCCGUCCAGGAGGAAAGGGAUUCCAAAACCCGAAGGCAAACCGUCAAGACUCAUACAUCGUCGUCUUCCGGUGUCAGUCCUGGAACGCCAACGACCUCCUUUCGCCAUAAACCACCGCCGGUUUCGCCCGCGAGAUCCAUCACACCGGAAGUAAUACAGCCAGGAUUCGAGGACGGCGCUUUGCGCGGGGAUUCCCAGAGGCAAAGUUCGAAAAGUUCGGAUGGCUCGAUUUCCAGUGCGAGAAGAUCCUCCAUGAAGAAGUCAAUUCGAAAAACAGCCCCGUCGCCACCCGUGAAUCAGGGUAUUCUUCGUGAGGUCAGUGAAGAACGAGAGGAUUAUGCGACGACUGUCGUCACCAAGGAGCCUCCCCAAAAGCCCAAGUACUCUUCAGAUGAGAGCUCGGAAGACGAGGAGGACACACGCAUGUUGGAAGGAAACGUUUACACGAAAAGCGGCAUCGAGAUCUCGCGGAGAAGCGCCGGCAACGUGAAGCGCACGAAGGCGGAGAUCGAAGCGGAUCCGGAAGAAGAGGACGAGUUCGGCUACACGAUCAAGAAGGUUCAGAAGAGGUACCAGAAUCUUGGGCAUAGGGUAUUGAUGGUCACCCUCGAAAAGGAUCGGCGGGGUUUGGGAAUUUCUCUGGCGGGGCAUAAGGACAGAAACCGAAUGGCGGUGUUUAUCUGCGGUCUCAAUCCAAAGGGUGCAGCUCAUAAAAAUGGCGGGCUUCUUAUCGGUGACGAGAUAUUAGAGGUAAACGGUUAUGUAUUGCAAGGACGAUGUCAUCUGAAUGCUUCCGCUCUUAUCAAAGGCAUGGCCGGCACUCUCUUCAAAAUCAUCGUCUAUCGACGAUCGAAGGCUGUCGACGACAUCGCCGUAAAGCCGAUAGUCCAAUUUCCACCAACCUUGGAUGACGUUUAUAUAGAUUUCAAGAAGUACAAAGGAGUUCGUGACGUGCGAGUGAAGAAGAGUCAAUACGGCCUCGGCAUAAUGAUCAUCGAAGGGAAACAUCUAGCCGUAGGGCAAGGCAUUUUCGUGUCCGACAUUCAAGAAGGCAGUGCGGCGGAACAGGCUGGAUUGCAAGUGGGAGACAUGAUCCUGGCUGUUAAUUUGGACAGCUUAUUAGGCCGUACGUACGAUGAGGCGACGGAAUUAUUGAAGAAAGCAGAAGGUAUCGUUAAGCUAGUAGUUUGUAAUCCUAACGAGAAUAAAGAACAAAAGGAGAAACAGAAGACUAAAGAACUCAAAGAUGAUUCAUUAACGGUUGUACAGAAGACCCCGCAAAAGAGUGGGAUAGUUUCGGUGACCGGCAAGGAACCGAUAGAACCCGAAGAGAAGAAGGUCCGGCAGGAUCCCAAGACUUGCAAGAUCGAAGUCGGCAAAGAAGCAACGAUAGAGUUUCAGAAGGAGAAGAAUCAAGGUAUAGGUUUCUACAUCGCUGGCGGUUCUAACACUCCUUGUAACGGGGUGUUCGUUCUGGACGUAUCUCCUGAAGGCGCAGCUGGGAAGGACGGCCGGUUACAACUAGGCGAUCAGAUUCUCAGCAUAGGCAAUGAGAGUUUCAUGGAAAUAGAGUACGACAAAGCUCGCGAGACAGUCCUGAAGCAAGCUCCUGGGACUAUCACGAUGACGGUGUUGCGUCAUGAGAAACCAGCCGAGGAAUAUGAGGUCGAGAUACAGAAAAAGAGCGGUAAAGGAGCUGGUCUCUGUUUCGCCGCGUUCUGGAGCAACAAGGGAGUCUACGUGAAGGAGCUAACAGCGGGCGGUCAGGCUAUCGAAACCGGCAAGAUCUGCAAAGGUGAUCAGCUUGUAGCGAUUGGUGGAUUGGACGUCCGCGACGCUUCCUUGGAUGACAUCGCCUUUCAUAUGAAGAUAUCUAAUCCGCUGCAAAUGAAGCUAGCUAGAUAUCAUUCCGCCAAACAAUGACAGGGUUCUGCGGGCGGAACUCUCAGCGUGUGUCCCGACGUACGAAGAAGCGCCUGCAGACACCGUGGAUUUUAGUGUGAUAUACGUAGAUAAAAUAACGUCUCGAUAAACCGUAAGAAUAUCUUUGUUACAAGAGCCGCGUAUAGAAUUGCGCGACUCGCUCUAUUAGUUACAUGCCAGCGUCGCCAAUCGAUCUUGCCGUUCAAGCUCGCAGAUUCGUGUGCGACGUGAGACAGAGAGAGAGAGAGAGAGAGAAAUAAAACGAAGAAGACAGAGCACGACAGAGAGAUGACUCAAACAUACAUCAAUAAGAAUCCGAGACACGGCGGAAGAAAGAAUUUUUGUAACCAGCUUGUAGAGGAUAUCAAAUCGAGUGAAAUCCCGUCGACACGGAUCGAUCGGCCAUUGAUCGAAUCCGUAAACGAUUCCGUCUGUCGAUGCUCGCGCUCGUGCAAAUAGUCGAUACAAAAUAUCUUAUAUACAUACAUUAUUAUAAUUAUAUAUAGCGAGAUAAUACGUUAUCGCCGUGACGAGAGUUUCAAUAACGGCGACUGUUCAUCUCGUUCGGCGUAGGAAGCCGUAGGACGGAUAAAUCGAUAAUAAUCCGCAAGUCUACAAUCGAGGCUCGUGAAGAGAGAAAGCCACGGAAUCGUCCCGAUUUGGUCUUUUUCUCUUCGGCUUACGCCGUUCCUCUUGUAUCCCCGAUACAAAAUCGAGUCCGCUUGUAUAUUUCGUAUCGCAUCCUGCAUACACUUUAAGACAAGCAGAGAUAGUAGGACCGAUUGUAGCGCGCGUUUUCUCGAUAUGUCAAAUAUUUUUCCUCCUUUUCCUUUCUUUUUACGAUAAGACUCUAGUCCAGCCUGAGAUCGACAUUUCGGCGUUUCUCGCCUUAAUUAUCGCUCUCGCUCGCGCCGCGGCCGCUUCCGCCAUAGUUAUUAUUGUCGCAUAUUGUAUUUUUUAAUAUUAAUAAGAAGCGCAGACGCGAUGUACGAGCUACGUCGGAAAAAGUAUCGAGGAAACUUUACAUUGACGCCCAUAUUCAUAUCGAUACCGUUGUAAAAAGUUUUUCUCAUCUGUCCAAGCUUGCGUAAAA